AUGCCGCUGCCAAUCGAGGUCCUGACACUCAUCCUGGCGCACACUGAUGCAGACGAUCGCCACGCGUUGCGCGCCUCGAGCCGCGUCCUGUGCAGCUCUAUCGACAAGGCCUGCAUAGCACUCACGCUGCCCAGGGUGCACACCUGCAGCCCUGCUGCUGCGGCCCUCGCGCUGCGCCGCGCCGCGGCGCGCUGCCACCGGUGGGGCGGCGUCAGGGCGCUCACUCUCAUAGCCCUGGGCGCCGAGUGCAUGGGGCCUGCCCUGGCGCUGCUGAACGUCGCAGCCAGGCACUGCCCAGAGCUGUCCUUCAUCACACUGGCGCGCCUGGACCGCGAGCUGUCCCUGGCCCUCACCUCUCACCUGUCCAGCUGCCGCCUGGCGAGCCUGACAUCGCUGGCAGUGACAGCCCCCAAACGCGGGCGGCCGCUGCUGCUCACGCCACUGGGCGAGCUCUCCAGCCUCACUGCCCUGACCAUCAUCGGCCGCGCUGAUGGCGCGAGCGCCGCUUGGCUCCCGCCCGGCCUGCGGCGCCUGCAGCUGGGCACGCACGCCACGGAACCGGGGUUUGGGGGCACGUCUUGGCUCGACGCCAUUGGCGCGUGCCGCGGCCUGGAGGUGCUCCAGCUGUGCUGGCUUGAUGCCCUCGACUUGGGGCAACAACCGGACGACCCCAGCGAGGCGCUUGACUAUGCCAAGUUCUACGCCAGCGUCGGCCAGCUCGUGAACCUACGGGAGCUGAGCGGCGUGUUUUGUCAGGUCGCCCUCGCCGGCCACGGCGGCGCGGAAAGCUACGUCAUCGACAGCCUCGAGGCCCACCUGCUCCUGCCGCAGUUGACGGCGCUGCAGCGGCUCGUGUUGUACAUGUACGUCGCACCCGAAGAUCAGCUCACCGAGCUGAUCUUCAUGCAAUGCAAGCCGGCCAUUAAAGGGCCCCUGAGCAGCCUGGCAGCGCAGUGCGCGACCCUGGAGGAGCUCGCCUUCGGCGUGUGGCCUGACGCCGACACCGACGCCACACAUUUCCCGCCGUGA